AUGGCUGCUGCUGUCGCCAGGUAUCCUUCUAUGCCACGUCGUUCUUCGACGCCUCCACCGCACCUGUCCCUGAACACUACGUCUCAUGGUGUGCCUGCUCCUAUCCCCAACAAGCACAUCCCGGAAUGCUCGCCUGGUGGCUUGCCUGCGACUCCCCCAUCAACACCUCCGCGACAGGACAGUCUUAUCGAGACAUCAUCCAUUACAUACCCGCCUGAUUCCUACUGCUCCAAAUUCUCAGAUGAUCCGCCCGUCUACACCAUCACUGCCGAUUGCAUGGCACAGGCACUAGAGCACCUUGCCACCCAGCCUCUCCCAAACCCUGAGCAGGUGUUCCCAUGGAUGCAUGGACUUCACGCUGAGAAUUCGAUCCAGCUCGCUUUCUUUUCAGGUCGUCGCAGAAGCGCCCGAAAAGUCCCCAGGUGCAUUCGCAGUAUCACUGUUGUGAAGACUGGCGGGAACUUGUCUGCCUCCAAGCUGAAGGGUGCCAUCUCGCCAGAUGAAUUGCUUGAUUCUACGUCUUCUGAUACACCCAAAUUCCUCGAGUGCGACCCUCGAGAUGGCUUCUCUGUGCGCAACUUCCAGAUCCAGGCCUGUAAACUGGGCAUGGUCUCGGAUAUCAUCGUGUAUGGUGACCACAAGACGAAACAGGAAGAUACGAUUGCACUGGCUCAGAAGAUUUCAAAGGCUCAGAGGCAGUACGAAGCAAGGAACGGGUUUCCACGCUGCUUAUUCAAUACCUUCAUGCUUUGCGAUGCCUUUAGUGUUGUUCAAGAAAAGUACCCAAAAUUGGUUGCCAUCAGCCCUACUGGGGACAUGACGGGACAAGUUGUGGACUUCUUUUACUGGGAACGAUAUGAGAUGAGCGCAAUGUCCAAAGCCUCGGAGAUCAGCAGGAAUGUUUUCUUGGGUCCCACGCCCGACCAAGCAUUGCACCCAGAUUGUGUGGGCGAGGAGGCGUACGACAUGCUCAUCGAAGCGACUGAUCUUGCCCACGUGCCCGAAGCACGUUCGCUACGAGCGCUCCGAAUGGGUCUGGAGCGAGUCCACCGCAAGUCUACCCUGCACAUGGAGUUCCCGUCGUCCGGAAGCAUCAUGCCGCCUACUUGGUCGCAUAGUGAAGUCGACGGUCUCAUGGAUAUGUGCAAAUGGAUGUACGAACUAGCGAACCCACAAGAGGUCAGACGAACCAAGCGAAGAAGGGAAGAGGAAGAUGAAGCUAUCGAGAUGGACGAUGUUACCACACCACGCAAGUUUUUGAUACAUUGCACGGAUGGCUACACCGAGACGACGCUUCUUGCACUCGCGUACUUUAUGUAUGCCGAAGGUCUGCCCGUUCACGAUGCUUGGAUUCAGAUGCAUUGCGACAAAGGCCGAAACUUCUUUGCAUACCCUUCUGACGUUGCGCUAUUGAAAGCGAUACAACCUCGCAUUCUCCAAAACUCACCUCGCUACAACCAGAGUAUUCUGGACAUUCCGCAACCACGUUGGCUUACCAAGCUCGAUGGUAGUCUGCCCAGCCGGAUCUUGCCAUACAUGUACCUCGGCAAUCUUGGUCAUGCCAAUAACCCGGAGCUGCUCCGCGCCCUUGGCAUCACCCGCAUUUUGAGCGUUGGAGAAUCGCUGUCUUGGCCGGAGGAUCUCCAGAAGCAACUCAAUUGGCCUAUCGAGAACUUCUUGAUGAUCGACCGCGUCCAAGACAAUGGCGUUGAUCCUCUCUGGGGCGAAUUUGAGCGCUGCCUCAAGUUCAUCGAAGCAGGAAAGACCGAAGGUGGAGCUACACUCGUGCACUGCCGUGUUGGUGUGUCACGUUCGGCAACUAUUUGCAUCGCCGAAGUUAUGAAGGAAAUGGGCCUAUCCUUUCCUCGUGCCUACUGCUUCGUGCGGGCCCGGCGUCUUAAUGUAAUAAUCCAACCCCAUCUUCGAUUCACGUAUGAACUACUCAAAUGGGAAGAGUAUCAGCGUCAGAGACGCAACGAGCCUCUUCGCCGCGAACUGGAAUGGGCUACCGUCGCGCGCGAGAUCGCGUUGAUGAACAAGCCCUAUGCCAGAUGACGACUUUAACGAAAUUCUCGACCCCUCUAAUCUCGCCAUGACUCACGACGACACGAACUCGUACAUGUACGACUACGCAACCUUCACCUUUAACUUCUCGGCUCAAUUCGGGCCAUGUUCUCUCAACUUUGUUUACUUACCGGCGUUUGCGAUGUGUUCCCUCUAUUCACUUCACACUCUUUUUUUUUAAUAGUCCCACUUGUUUGUCUGUUGCGUUGAUUUCGUGCUGCGGAAGUGCUGAUCUUCACUAUGGACGGUGGAACGGUUUCGCGUUGUCUGGUCUAUUUGCGCGAGAACUCAGCCACACGGCUUGGCUGUCCUGAAUCUUUUCGGUUCAGGCUCACCAUCUGGAUUUCGAUAGGAUAGGGGCAUCUUUUAUCACUGAUCUUUUCGAUACGUGUAUUACUGCCUCUGUCGGCUACAACGGACUUAGCGCCGCUGUUUGUCAUUCUCGAUAAACUAUGGACUGGGAUCCAGUGGGCGUCGGAAAUGUAUUACAAUUCACGGCGUAUAUACCUUUAGUAACAACAGAGCUUCUUUCUUUCUUA